AUGCGUCGAACCGCUCCUCUCUGCGCACCCAAGGCCCUCUCGGCACCGGCGGUCACCCAGGCGCUUCAGUCGCUGCCGGGUUGGAGGGUGAACGGCAACAACCAAAACGCCAUCGAGCGGGACUACGUCUUUGCCGACUUCACGGAGGCGAUGCGCUACAUGAACAUGGUCGCGCCGGUUUGUGAAAAGAUGCAGCAUCAUCCGUGCUGGUCAAACAUAUACAACCGCCUGCACGUGCAGCUGACGACGCACGACGCCGGCAACAAGGUGACGCAGGCGGACGUGGAUCUGGCAAAGGCCAUGAACGCGGCGCACGAAGCGAUGCGCAGGCAUUGA